GUUUCUCGGAAUCGCCGCGAGGUUGAGAGUUGAUGUGACAGCGAAGCGGAGAAUCCGUAGAAAGAAAUUAUAAUAUAAAUCGAAUAAUCUGUUUCAUUAUCAAAUAAUUAAUUAAUAUCAGUAACAAUGGCUGAUGUACUAGAUAUAAACGACUCGGUAGAAUUAGACGUAGAAGACGAGGGCGAUCAGAGCGUUCUUCGACUUAAGGAUAAAGUUGUAAAACGAAAAGGCCGUGGAUUUGGACCAGGAGAAGCUAAAGAACAUGAAAAGAUUCGUGGCUAUGAAAGUUUAGAUGCAGGUGAUCACGGUGACGAACCAGGACCUCAAAAAUCGGUAGAAGGAUGGAUUUUAUUUGUUACUUCAGUACACGAGGAAGCUAGCGAGGAUGACCUCAGCGAGAAAUUUGCAGAAUUUGGACCAAUUAAGAACAUCAGCAUAAACUUGGAUCGGCGUACAGGGUUCUUGAAAGGAUAUGCGUUAAUAGAAUAUGGAACAUACGAAGAAGCUUAUGCCGCACGAGAAGCUCUAAAUGGCUCGCUACUUUUAGGACAGACUAUUGGUGUUGACUGGUGUUUUGUUAAAGGGCCUAAAAAGUCAAAGAAGCGAGCCAGAAGACAUUGAUUAUAAAUUUAAUUUAUUGUAUUUUAUUUUCCAUUUGUCAAAUAAGUAAGUGAACUUCUGUUUUAAGUUUAUUAUACAGCCCUAUUACCAUAAUUUUUCUAUUUGUUACAUAAUGGUGUAAUAAAGCGUAAGUAUUUUCUAA